AUGUUAGAAUGUAUUAUCGGAGAUAUUAUAACAGUGCACCUGGAUACAUUCAAGGUAAUCAGCCUUCUGUGGCAAUGGGUUUACUUUCAGGUUGAAAUAAUUCUUCCUCAUCUCAGUUCUAAGGAGUCAUCCUUGCACUCGACGGCUGUGCCCUCAGGUCCUCAUCUCUCCUAUGAGUGGAAACAUCUCUAUGUUGGCACUAUCCAGGCCUCUCAAUAUUCUGUUGUCUAUGUGUCCCGAAAUCCAAAGGAUGCACUUGUCUCUUCCUUUCACUAUCACAAUAUGGCCUCGUUCGUGGACGACGCAGGGACCUUUGAGGAGUUCAUUCAUAAAUUCCUGGAAGGAAAUGUAAUGUUUGGUUCCUGGUUUGACCACGUUAAGAGUUGGUGGCAGAGAAAGGAUCAGGAUAACAUUUUGUUUGUAACUUAUGAAGAACUGCUGCAGGAUAUGCGAAGUGCUUUGUUGAAACUUGGGGAAUUUCUGGGAAAGCAACUCAGUGAUGAUGCAAUUGAGAUAAUUGUGACCCAAACCAAAUUCAACAACAUGAGGCAAAACAAAAUGUCCAAUUACAGCUUCGUACCCAAGGAACUGAUGGAUCAAAGUAAAACCAACUUUUUACGAAAAGGCAUCUCUGGAGAUUGGAAGAACCAUUUCACCACAGCACAGACUGAACAUUUUAAUUCUGUGUACACCCAAGAAAUGAAAGGAAUUGACUUCCCAUUUUACAAGGACUGAAGAUGUAAGAAUUGAAGUUUAGAAUUGUAAGCUUUCUAAACUUUCAAUAUCAAUGCUUCCAACUCAUAAUCCUGUUUAAGAAGUGUUUUUGCUAAUACUGCCUAAUAUUAGUGUUAGUCUAACCUUCCUGUGCUGAUGAGAUGUGCCAAUUAAACCUUGUAUAGGGUGAACUAAACUGGCAGAAUACCUUUUGAGUGUGCAAAUGCAUGUAACACUAUUUUAUUGAAUUUAAUGAUCAUACCAGUAGAGCUAACUAAAAUUUAAUCUCAAAUUAAAAUUAAACGAAUCUAGUAAUCAUUAACAAUUUCUCAAUUUUCUAAUCUAUUUUUAAUUCAUUUCAACACCUAAAUUUUACUAUUUUAUCUAAAAAUGAUGCCUCUAUAACUGAAAACAAGGAAAAUAAAACAACACUUCUUCUGAAUUACCAGCAGAUAAUAGGGGUCCUGUGUUAAAUGCCCAUUGUCUAUGGUUGGCAAUUAAACUAAUUACAAGCAUCUGAAAAAAGUGAAAGCGUUUGCUAGAAUUAAAUAUUUGAAAAGUGCGAUUAUUGAGUAUUCCAUUGAUUUAAUGACUACAUGAGUGGCAUAGUGGAUUGAAUGCUGCGCUGUACCUUGUGUCAGGACAGUGCACACAUACAGCAUCUGGCAGCACCCUGUGGGCCUGAGGCAUGUAGCCACUCAUUUUUGCGAUUUUGCAUAUUUCCAUGUUAUUUCUAUUUUGCUUUUGCUUUUAAGAGAACAUGUAGACAUAAAAAUAAUAAAAAUAGAAUUUUUAAAAGACACUCAGUAUAAGUCAAUCAAUGAAUUAAUCAAUUAUGCAAUCGAUAGUAAUCUGUAGUGAUAUCACUAACUGUGGUCGGUUUUAUCUCAAAGACAUUUGUUUUAUUUCCAUGCUAGCCAAAACUGGCCAUGUUUGCAGCUGUUGUUUUUUUCUCUUUCUGAAACACAUCUCUCCCCCUUCUUGCAAAACUUGCUAAAAUAAAGUUAAUUUCUAUUCCAUUACCCUUAAGUUACAAGCUAGGGCAAUGAAUAACCUUGCACAUGAGUGUUCAACUUUAGUGUGGAGUCGGGAGAUGUGUUAGAGUAUAGCAUGAUUGAUGGCAGGUGGGACACAGUAAUAAAUGGAUGUAUGGAAAACCAACAUGCCACAAUGUUUGGGAGAAGAAUUUGAUGAGGACUUACAGUUGAGAGUCUGGGUGGAGUCCUCUGAAGGAAUGGAGCCAAAUACUGGUAUUCAAGGGGAAACAGUAUUCAGUGCUGUGGCUGGAGUGAACUAAUCAACCACUUAAAAUGCUGAGGAACAGAUGUUGACAGUGGAACUGACCAGAGAGUCCAGACCAUGCAAGUUCAUUUGGAAGCUUAGUGAUGUAUGUACUAUAGGAAACUGUACCAUUUUGGGGUUUCCACCUGUGCUAUAAAAAAGUUAUCGUUCUUUGUUUAAAAUAUAUGUUCAACGUUUUAUUUUUCUGA